AAAUAUGAACCUGAAGCCAAAAACUUCAUUCCUGGAGAUAAUGAAUCAUUUACAGACUCAGGAUUCAAUAUAACUGAGGACACGAAAAUUAUAGUUCAUGGCUACUUUUCAAGCGCAAAGAACUUUGAACAUAUGGUUUUCGCAUAUCUUACAGCAGCAGAUCAUAAUAUUAUGCUGAUGGACUGGUCCGGUCUUUCCAAAUGGUGUUUCUGUGAACACGUUUUGUCAAUCAUCGAAGCAAUUGGCAAGAAACUGGGAGUUCUCUUGGAUUUUCUUGUGGAAAAAGGUGCAAAACUAGAAAAAAUACAUAUAAUUGGUCACAGCUUGGGAGCUCACAUAGCUGGUAUUGGUAGUGUGACCUGUAGUAAGGGUCGUGUAGGACGAAUCACAGCUCUUGAUCCAGCAAGGCCAGGAUUUUCAGACAUAAAAAAUCCAGAUCGUCUGGAGAAAAGUAGGGCAGAUGUUGUCGACGUGAUUCACACAAGUGCUCAUACUUUUGGCAUUGCUGAACCCCUUGGUCACUACGACUUUUACCCCAACGGAGGUCAAGCACCUCAGCCAGGAUGCACUGGAGUCUCUUCCGAAAUAUGCAGCCACAGCAGAGCGCAUUAUCUUUUCACUGAAAGCAUUACAACUGACGUAGGUUAUCGUGGAAUUAAAUGUUCUUCUUGGACAAACUAUCUCAAUGGUAUAUGCACAGCAGAGUAUGCACCAUCAGCUAACAUGGGAUCGCGUCUCAACAGGACAAGUGAAGAGGGAACGUUUUAUCUGAAAACUGGAGCAACUUGCCCAUACUACUUAGUAAAAAGUGGAUCUGCUAGUGUGAAAACUGUGUUCACAAUAUUUAUGAUUCUUCCUGCUGACAAAAUGCAGCAUGAGAACAGUUUACAACAUUUGGUGCCAACAAUAAAAAAGAAAGGACAUAUUCAUGAAAAAAAACUCAGUGUAAAUAUG